CGUGGCACCGGGAACAUUAGUAGCUACUCCUCAGCAGCACGCUCUUUACCGGGCAGCACCGAGCCGUUCGAGACGACUUUCUUCCCCUCAGGGCUGUACGAUCGAGAUAAUGGCGUCAAAUAACAGUCAGGUUGGAAAGUGGGAAGUCGUGAAAAAAAGCAAGAAACCGGGCACCGCCGGCAGCGGAGGGAAAAAUCUCGGGGAGAAGAAAACUGGACGGAAAGCUCUGAGCGAAUCCAACAUGACGAGGACCGACCAGUUUCCUCCCCUGGUGACAUCGGGGACAUUGUUCGAGGCUUUUGAGAAGAUGGGGAAGAAGCAUAACAAGGAGCAGGUUCCUCCAGCCGAGCCCAGCAACAAGAAGCCUUCAGCGGGCAAACAGAAGGCCAAGCUUCCCCCUGCCUCCACACAGACACACAACACACACAAGAACCUGGAGGAUGCAUUCAAAGCUAUGGACGUGGGGGAGCUGAAGCAGCAGUUGGACCGGAGCCAGACUCUGUUCCCUGACAACCCGUCAGUCUGGGUCAAAGACCUGGCAGGAUACCUCAACCAUGCCCUGGCUGCUCCAGAGACUGAUCCCACCCUCAGCAGCUACACACACGAUUACCCAUACUGCCUUGCGGGGAAGGAGCUGAGGGGCGUGGUCAAAGCUUUGAUUGGUCGCUGCAACGAGAGUCUACAGGACUUCUAUGACCACUGUGUUUACACCAUGCUGAGAGAACUGGACAAACAGACAGGAGAGCCUCUCCAUGGGUACCGGGUGUGUAUCCAAGCCAUCCUACAAGACAAGCCCAGAAUGGCUACACAGAACCUUCCUGAUUAUCUGGAGUUGUUGCGGUCAGUUCAGAACCGUCCGGUCAAGUGUCUGACAAUCAUGUGGUCUCUGGGACAGGCUGGCUACUACGACCUCAGCCAGGGGCUACGAGUAUGGCUGGGUAUCAUGCUGCCAGUCCUGGGGGUGAAGGCCCUGUCGUCCUACGCCAUCGCAUACUUGGAGAGACUACUGCUGCUCCAUGUUAACCUGACGAAAGGUUUUGGGGUCAUGGGACCUAAAGACUUCUUCCCUCUGCUGGACUUCGCCUACAUGCCAAAGAAUGCCCUGUCACCAAGCCUCCAGGAGCAGCUGUGUCGUCUGUACCCUCGUCUGAAGGUGUUGGCUUUUGGGGCGAAGCCCGAGAUGACCCUCCACACCUACCUGCCCUCCUUCCUGUCCCGGGCCACGCCCCACUGCCCUGAAGAUAUGAAGAGAGAGUUGCUGAGCUCCAUGACGGAGUGUCUCUCUGUGGACCAUCAGAGUCUGGGGGUGUGGAGACAGCUCUACACCAAACACUUACCACAGUCCAGUCUGCUGUUAAAUCAUCUACUGAAGUCCUGGAACACCCUGCCACCCAAGUUGCGCGGUUGGCUGCAGGAGACUGUCCAGUCAUUCAGAGUGACCAAUGAGGAGCUGAGAGAUACUGCUAACUCUACUGACCUACAGGACUGUAACAAGCUCUGUCACUGUCUCCAGUUGAAGAUGUCAGGACGAGGUUUCCCCUGGUCCAGACUAUUUAUGGCUUUACUGGUGUUUGCUGCCGGGUUCAUUACACACGACAUCCGAUCCCAUGGCUCCUUCACAGACUCCACCACAGCAAGCUAUCUCCACAGUUCAGGGGUUAUGGGAGUGUCUCAACAGGCCUGGAGCAAAGUCACCCUCUACUCACAACAGGGCUUCAGCUGGCUGGAUACCAACACUCCCUACUACUACUCAGAGUGUGUACGCGUGUUGAGUCCGGUACUGGAGCAGACCUGGGAGAGAACUAAAGAUACUGCCAUCUACAUCUCACAACUCACAACACAACUCAUUGACUGGAUCAAUCACAACACACCCCUACUAGUAGAACGGCUGAGUUCCAGCACUCCGGACAGUGUGUUCCUGCUGAUAGACUAUCUGAAGCAGCUGUUACUGUUCCUCCAUACCAACUACCUGCUGCCAGCUCUCUCACACGCCUCCCAUCUAAUAGUACAGGCCUGGACGGCACUGCAGGACUCCUGCAGUGGGGAGGUGUCUGUAUCAUGUCUCCAGACCUACGCCCUCUCUCUGACCAACUCUACCUGGCUCCUGCUACAAGACACCAGCAACGCCAUCAAGACCUGGAUACAAGACCUGCUUCAGACCUGAUGCACACACACACACACACACACACACACACACACACACACACACACACACACACACACACACACACACACACACACACAUACAUACUGAUCCGCACACAUACUUCAUGCAUAUACACGCUUUAAACACAGUCUGAGACUCUUUGCUUGCGUUGCUCUGGCCUCCUCCCUUAGCCAUCUCUCUCUGACUCUCAUGGGCUUUAUUGGCAUGGGAAAUGUGUUGACAUUACCAAGUGAAAUAACCAACAGUCUGUCACUAGCUAGGGGAAAUAACCAGUCUGUCACUAGCUAGGGGAAAUAACCAGUCUGUCACUAGCUAGGGGAAAUAAACAACAGUCUGUCACUAGCUAGGGGAAAUAAACAACAGUCUGUCACUAGCUAGGGGAAAUAACCAGUCUGUCACUAGCUAGGGGAAAUAACCAGUCUGUCACUAGCUAGGGGAAAUAAACAACAGUCUGUCACUAGCUAGGGGAAAUAAACAACAGUCUGUCACUAGCUAGGGGAAAUAAACAGUCUGUCACUAGCUAGGGGAAAUAACCAGUCUGUCACUAGCUAGGGGAAAUAAACAACAGUCAGUCACUAGCUAGGGGAAAUAAACAACAGUCUGUCACUAGCUAGGGGAAAUAAACAACAGUCUGUCACUAGCUAGGGGAAAUAAACAACAGUCUGUCACUAGCUAGGGGAAAUAACCAGUCUGUCGCUAGCUAGGGGAAAUACACAACAGUCAGUCACUAGCUAGGGGAAAUCAACAGUCUGUCACUAGCUAGGGGAAAUAAACAGUCUGUCACUAGCUAGGGGAAAUAACCAGUCUGUCACUAGCUAGGGGAAAUAAACAACAGUCAGUCACUAGCUAGGGGAAAUAAACAGUCUGUCACUAGCUAGGGGAAAUAACCAGUCUGUCACUAGCUAGGGGAAAUAAACAACAGUCUGUCGCUAGCUAGGGGAAAUAACCAGUCUGUCACUAGCUAGGGGAAAUAAACAACAGUCUGUCGCUAGCUAGGGGAAAUAACCAGUCUGUCACUAGCUAGGGGAAAUAAACAACAGUCUGUCACUAGCUAGGGGAAAUGACCAGUCUGUCACUAGCUAGGGGAAAUAAACAACAGUCUGUCACUAGCUAGGGGAAAUAAACAACAGUCUGUCACUAGCUAGGGGAAAUGACCAGUCUGUCACUAGCUAGGGGAAAUAACCAGUCUGUCACUAGCUAGGGGAAAUAACCAACAGUCUGUCGCUAGCUAGGGGAAAUAAACAACAGUCUGUCACUAGCUAGGGGAAAUAACCAGUCUGUCACUAGCUAGGGGAAAUAACCAACAGUCUGUCGCUAGCUAGGGGAAAUAACCAGUCUGUCACUAGCUAGGGGAAAUAACCAACAGUCUGUCGCUAGCUAGGGGAAAUAACCAGUCUGUCACUAGCUAGGGGAAAUAAACAACAGUCUGUCACUAGCUAGGGGAAAUAACCAACAGUCUGUCACUAGCUAGGGGAAAUAAACAACAGUCUGUCACUAGCUAGGGGAAAUAACCAACAGUCUGUCACUAGCUAGGGGAAAUAAACAACAGUCUGUCGCUAGCUAGGGGAAAUAACCAGUCUGUCACUAGCUAGGGGAAAUAACCAGUCUGUCACUAGCUAGGGGAAAUAAACAGUCUGUCACUAGCUAGGGGAAAUAACCAACAGUCUGUCGCUAGCUAGGGGAAAUAACCAGUCUGUCACUAGCUAGGGGAAAUAACCAACAGUCUGUCGCUAGCUAGGGGAAAUAACCAGUCUGUCACUAGCUAGGGGAAAUAAACAACAGUCUGUCACUAGCUAGGGGAAAUAACCAACAGUCUGUCACUAGCUAGGGGAAAUAACCAGUCUGUCACUAGCUAGGGGAAAUAACCAGUCUGUCACUAGCUAGGGGAAAUAACCAACAGUCUGUCACUAGCUAGGGGAAAUAAUCAACAGUCUGUCACUAGCUAGGGGAAAUAAACAGUCUGUCACUAGCUAGGGGAAAUAAACAGUCUGUCACUAGCUAGGGGAAAUAACCAACAGUCUGUCACUAGCUAGGGGAAAUAAACAACAGUCUGUCGCUAGCUAGGGGAAAUAAACAAGUCUGUCACUAGCUAGGGGAAAUAAACAACAGUCUGUCACUAGCUAGGGGAAAUAACCAACAGUCUGUCACUAGCUAGGGGAAAUAAACAACAGUCUGUCACUAGCUAGGGGAAAUAAACAACAGUCUGUCACUAGCUAGGGGAAAUAAACAACAGUCUGUCACUAGCUAGGGGAAAUAAACAACAGUCUGUCACUAGCUAGGGGAAAUAAACAACAGUCUGUCACUAGCUAGGGGAAAUAACCAACAGUCUGUCACUAGCUAGGGGAAAUAAACAACAGUCUGUCACUAGCUAGGGGAAAUAACCAGUCUGUCACUAGCUAGGGGAAAUAAACAACAGUCUGUCACUAGCUAGGGGAAAUAAUCAACAGUCUGUCACUAGCUAGGGGAAAUAAACAACAGUCUGUCACUAGCUAGGGGAAAUAAACAACAGUCUGUCGCUAGCUAGGGGAAAUAAACAACAGUCUGUCACUAGCUAGGGGAAAUAACCAGUCUGUCACUAGCUAGGGGAAAUAAUCAACAGUCUGUCACUAGCUAGGGGAAAUAACCAGUCUGUCACUAGCUAGGGGAAAUAAACAACAGUCUGUCACUAGCUAGGGGAAAUAAACAGCAGUCUGUCACUAGCUAGGGGAAAUGAACAACAGUCAGUCACUAGCUAGUGGAAAUGAACAACAGUCUGUCACUAGCUAGGGGAAAUAAACAGUGUCACUAGCUAGGGGAAAUAAACAGUGUCACUAGCUAGGGGAAAUAACCAACAGUCUGUCACUAGCUAGGGGAAAUAAACAACAGUCUGUCACUAGCUAGGGGAAAUAACCAGUCUGUCACUAGCUAGGGGAAAUAAACAGCAGUCUGUCACUAGCUAGGGGAAAUAAACAACAGUCUGUCACUAGCUAGGGGAAAUAAACAACAGUCUGUCACUAGCUAGGGGAAAUAAACAGCAGUCUGUCACUAGCUAGGGGAAAUAACCAGUCUGUCACUAGCUAGGGGAAAUAAACAACAGUCUGUCACUAGCUAGGGGAAAUAAACAACAGUCUGUCACUAGCUAGGGGAAAUGAACAACAGUCUGUCACUAGCUAGGGGAAAUAAACAACAGUCUGUCGCUAGCUAGGGGAAAUAACCAGUCUGUCACUAGCUAGGGGAAAUAAACAACAGUCCGUCCACUCUGGUCUUGUCAUGUGCCCUCUAGCCAACAGCUGGCAGAGAGCGCUGGUAGGCUAGUCUACACGAGGACAUUAUUAUGGAUAAGAGAGAGCGCUGGUAGGCUAGUCUACACGAGGACAUUAUUAUGGAUAAGAGAGAGCUGGUAGGCUAGUCUACACGAGGACAUUAUUAUGGAUAAGAGAGAGCUGGUAGGCUAGUCUACAUGAGGACAUUAUGGAUAAGAGAGAGAGCUGGUAGGCUAGUCUACAUGAGGACAUUAUGGAUAAGAGAGAGAGCUGGUAGGCUAGUCUACAUGAGGACAUUAUGGAUAAGAGAGAGAGCUGGUAGGCUAGUCUACACGAGGACAUUAUUAUGGAUAAGAGAGCGCUGGUAGGCUAGUCUACACGAGGACAUUAUUAUGGAUAAGAGAGCGCUGGUAGGCUAGUCUACACGAGGACAUUAUUAUGGAUAAGAGAGCGCUGGUAGGCUAGUCUACACGAGGACAUUAUUAUGGAUAAGAGAGAGCGCUGGUAGGCUAGUCUACACGAGGACAUUAUUAUGGAUAAGAGAGAGCUGGUAGGCUAGUCUACACGAGGACAUUAUUAUGGAUAAGAGAGAGCUGGUAGGCUAGUCUACACGAGGACAUUAUUAUGGAUAAGAGAGAGCUGGUAGGCUAGUCUACACGAGGACAUUAUUAUGGAUAAGAGAGAGAGCUGGUAGGCUAGUCUACAUGAGGACAUUAUUAUGGAUAAGAGAUGUAUUCGUCAAACAACAGUCAAGCAUCGAUCAUCAUGUCACCACUUCUAUUGUAAAGGAGCAUCAAGAUCCCAGUGCACUUUCGCCACCCUGUGAAGUUCAUCGUAACUUAUUUCAUGUGUAGCCUCAAACGGUAUGGUUUCCUGAGUGGGAGGACCACACACCAUAUCACGCGACUCCAACUUUACAUAUGAUGGUUAUUAUAUCAGUAUUUGCAGUAAGUCAUUUCCACCGCCAUUUGUUGUGUAAUACAUUUUACAGACACAAACAGAUCAAUCUCUCUCCCAGCCGUGUCUCAGAUCCUCUCCCUCUGUUCUCCUCCCCCUCAUCCUCUCUCUAGCUCUCUGGGAUCCCCUCCCCCUCUUCUUUCUGAGAUCCCAUUCCUCUCUUUUCUAUAAAAACUGAUUUAUAAACGUGUUAUUGUUUAUUAGAGGGAGGGUUAUUAAUGCUGUAUUCAGGGUCAUAAACUGGUUAUUCAUGUUUAUAAAUACAGGAGCUCUGUUAGGGGAAGGGUGUCUUGCUCCUGAAAUCAGUCUCUGUCUCUCUCCUCGUUGCUCUCCUGUCUCUCUCUCUUGUCUCUCUCCACUGCCUCUCCUCGGUCUCUCUCUCCUUGUCUCCCUCUCUCCUCGUUGCUCUCCUGUCUCAGUCUCUCUUGUCUCUCUCCACUGCCUCUCCUCGGUCUCUCUCUCCUUGUCUCCCUCUCUCCUCGUUGCUCUCCUGUCUCUCUCUCUUGUCUCUCCACUGCCUCUCCUCGGUCUCUCUCUCCUUGUCUCCCUCUCUCCUCGUUGCUCUCCUGUCUCUCUCUUGUCUCUCUCCACUGCCUCUCCUCGGUCUCUCUCUCUCCUUGUCUCCCUCUCUCCUCGUUGCUCUCCUGUCUCUCUCUUGUCUCUCUCCACUGCCUCUCCUCGGUCUCUCUCUCCUCGUCUCCCUCUCUCCUCGUUGCUCUCCUGUCUCAGUCUCUCUUGUCUCUCUCCACUGCCUCUCCUCGGUCUCUCUCUCCUUGUCUCCCUCUCUCCUCGUCUCUCUCCUUGUCUCCCUCCUCGUCUGUCUCUCUCCUCGUCUGUCUCUCUCCUUGUCUCCCUGUCUCUCUCCUCGUCUGUCUCCCUGUCUCUCUCCUGUCUCCUUGUGUCUCUGUCUCCCUCUCUCCUCGUCUCUCUCCUUGUCUCUCUCUCCUCGUCUGGCUCUCCUGUCUCCCUCUCCUCAUCUCUGUCUCUCCUGUCUCCCUCUCUCUCCUUGUCUCUUGUCUCUUUCCUCCUCCCCUAACAGUGCUAACCCACUGAGCUAAUAAACACUGAGACUGGACUACUGCUGCUUCGUUCUGUUUACUUGAAGGCUGGUGAUGUUCUGUGCGUUGUGGUGAUGUUCUGUGCGUUGGGGUGAUGAUUGACCUCUGUCCUAAUCCCCCUCCCCUUUCUCCCUGUUACGACUGAUUUAUGUCAGGGUUUUUGUUGUUAAUUUGUUACUUUAUACAUAUGUAAAUGAUUUCUAAUAAAGACUCCAGCCCCA